GUCGUAGAUUGCCUUUUUUUUAUGCGAAGCUUUAAUUGUACGCAUUCGGGGGAAUUAUUAAUUGCGAUGGACUGAUCUCAGGGGAUUUUAUGGGGACAGAAAAUUUGAUAGAUGGGAGGUAAUGGAUUUUUGGUAUUAUCUCUGGGGCCUUUGUUCCGACUUGAAUCCCCGGUGUGAUUACUAUAUGUAUCGGCAAUAACCUUUUGCUCUUGUGGGAUGGCAUGGCGGUUGGCAGAUGGAAUUGAAAAAAAUUGGCAGUGGCUUUGUUUGUUUCGGAUGACAGUUGAAUUUUUCGUGGCUGAGGGAAUAUUCGGGAAGUAGUGCCAUGAUAGAUCCAGAGAGAGCAGAGGACAGCGACAUGGAGUCGGUUGAGGAUGACGACGAGAGGAUUGCUAAUCGAAUAAUGGAUCGACAUGGACUUUUGGCAGCUUUGCAGAAUCGUUUGAAUGUCGGUUCUGCUAUGGAGAACCUACCGGCUCCAGUUCAACGCAGGAUCAAGGCCCUCAAGCAGCUGCAACUACUGUCGGUUAAUCUCGAGGCGAAAUUCUACGAGGAGGUGCAUGCGCUUGAAUGCAAGUACCACAAGAUGUCAUCGAAUCUUUAUGAGACGAGGAGUGGAAUUGUGGCAGGAUUGUACGAACCUACUGACGAGGAGUGCGUCUGGGAGAGUGAUGAGGAGGAGGAAGGCAUCACCAAUGACUUGAAGGAUAAAGUCAAGAUUGAGGAGAUCAAGGAGAAGAAGGAUGAGUCUGAGAAUGAAAAUGUCAAGGGGAUCCCCGAAUUUUGGCUCACUAUAUUCAAAAAUGUCGGUAUGCUUGCUGAAAUGGUUCAGGAGCAUGAUGAACCUAUUCUAAAACAUCUCUAUGAUAUCAAAGUUAUUUUCUUGGAGACCAAUCCAAUGGGUUUCAUUCUGGAAUUCCACUUCGAUUCAAACGAAUACUUCUCGAAUUCAGUUCUCACUAAGGAGUAUCUGAUGAAAUGUGUGCCUGAGAAGAAUGAUCCAUUCAGUUUUGAGGGGCCAGAGAUUUACAAGAGCACGGGCUGUACCAUUGACUGGAAAAAGGGGAAGAAUGUUACUGUUAAAACAAUCAAGAAAAAUCAGAAGCACAAAUCCAGGGGCCAUAUGCGCACAGUUACUAAAACUGUGCAGAACGAUUCCUUCUUUAAUUUCUUCUCACCGCCAGUUGUUCCAGAUGAUCGCGAUGCUGACAUGGAUGAGGACAUACAGGCACUUCUCACCAGCGAUUUUGAAACUGGCCAUUAUAUUAGAGAGAGAAUUGUCCCUCGCGCUGUUCUUUACUAUACAGGUGAAGGCCUUGAGGACGAAGGGGAUGAGUACGAGGACGACGAGGGUGAUGAGGACGAAGACUCGGAAGAAUCGGAAGACUCGGAGGAGCCCUCGGGCAAGAACGAGACAAGAUCAGGUGGGAAACCGCAGGCAAUAGAGCCCACUGAGUGUAAACAGCAGUAAAAAAUUUACGAUCCCUCGUGAUCUGUCGUAAUCCUUUUUGUUAAUUGCCAGGAAGAUGUACAAUUUAAUAUGUAACAGGUUCCCACAUCUUUUUUCAUUACAAAAAUAAAACAGAAAAGUGUAAGAAAUUAACUAGAAAAUUUAGGAAAAUCAGAAUAUUGUCAUCUAACCGUCACACGUAUCGUGUGUCUUCGAUUCCAGGUCAUGCAUAGAAAAAUCUUCAAAACGAUAAAUCCUCCCUCCCUUAAAUCCAUGUGUGGAAUUCUGGAUGUUGCUGCUGUUUUAAAACGAACUUUUGCGUACUAUGAAAUUUUUUAAUACUAAAUGAAAAGUAACAAAUAAUAAUGGAGAUCGAUGAACGAAAUUUGUUGGAAAAAAAAUGUUUGGAUUUGUUUCUUUGUUAAAUCCCUUUAGUUAUUUUAAAUCCCGCUACCUUUUUCCACUUCUAAAUCACUUGACCGUGUAAAAUAAAAACAUUAUUAUCUCAUUA